UAUAUUUUGUUGUCUGUUAGGAACUGGAACUGCUGGAAAACAUGGAGGGUUUUACAACAAUGCCGAUAGAUUCAACCCAGGUGUUUUACAGAAACACAAAUGGGAAAAUGCUAUGACUAUUGAUAAGAACUCGUGGGGUUACCGACGGAAUGCCAAAUAUGAAGACUACUUAUCCACUCAUGAAUUGUUAACAACUUUGGCCCAAACAAUAAGUUGUGGCGGUAACUUACUAGUAAAUGUCGGUCCAUCGCAUGACGGUCUAAUUAAGCCAAUAUUUGAGGAACGACUACGCGAUUUAGGACACUGGCUGUCUAUUAACGGAGAAGCUGUCUAUAGUAGUAAACCGUGGACUCAUCAAAACGAUACAAAAACACCGGAUGUUUGGUAUACAAUGCAAGAGAAAACUACUGUUUACUCGAUUGUAUUGAAUUGGCCGAAGAAUAAUGAACUGGAAUUGGGUUCAGUCGACCACAAGACCGUCGGAUCAGUGGAACUGUUGGGCGAAAAGGGAAGCCUAACGUUUAAGGUCGGAUCGGACGGACAUACAGUCGUUACUUUUCCGCACAUAACUCCCGAUUCUCCUCUAAAAUGGGCUUAUGUUUUGAAAUUUACAUUAAAAUAAUAUAUUUAACAAAAUAUUUA